GCUCCCACUGGACUGGUGCUCAGUUGUUCAGAGUCCACAGCGGGAGUCUCACACAGACAGCCCUGAACUCCUCACUGACUGAGAUCCUGCCUGAGGGAUGGAGACGGGGUCUCACUCUGACCUGAAGGACUGUGUGCUGACCAGGCCCCAGGUUAAACUGGUCCAGGACGUGGCGUUCCCAGACUGGGUCGCAGACAACUGGAGCCUGGUGGAGACUUUCCAGGCAAAGGCCGGGGAUCUACUCAUCGCAACCUACCCCAAAGCAGGGACCACCUGGACCCAGGAAAUUGUGGAUCUCAUUAACUGUGAGGCCGAUGUGGAGGUGUGUAGACGGGCUCCUGUCUACGACCGCAUCCCCUUCCUGGAGUUAUUCCAACGUCGGCCCAAUCUUCCCAGCGGAAUCGAGCUGUUGGAGAAGAUGGAGUCACCGCGGACGGUCAAAACCCACCUGCCUUUCCAACUCGUUCCCAAAUCCUUCUGGGAGCAGGACUGUAAGGUAAUUGUAGUCGCUCGAAAUGCCAAGGAUAAUGCGGUCUCCUACUUUCACUUCCAUCGGAUGUGCCAAGACAUGCCUCACCCUGGGACCUGGCAGGAAUUCCUCCGGAAUUUCAUGGAGGGUCAAGUUUCCUGGGGAUCCUGGUAUGACCAUGCGAAGGGCUGGUGGGAAGCGAAGGAGAAACAUCGGAUUCUCUUCCUCUUUUAUGAAGACAUGAAGGAGAACCCCAGGCGGGAGAUCCAGAAGGUGGCCCGGUUCAUGGGGAAGGUUCUGGAAGAUGACGUCCUCGAGAAGAUUGUCCAUCUCUCCUCUUUCAAGGUCAUGAAGGACAACCCAAUGGCUAAUUACAUAACGUUGCCCAGCAACAUCAUGGACCAAUCCAUCUCCAGCUUCAUGAGGAAAGGUGAGGUGGGAGACUGGAAGACCCAUUUCACGGUGGCUGAGAAUGAACGUUUUGAUGAACAUUACGAGAGACAGAUGGCUCCGUGCUCGGUGAGGUUUCGCCAGGAGCUGGGACCGGGACGAGACCAGAACAACGUGAACAACUCAUCGAUUCAGAUUAAAUAUUCAAUUAAUUAACAAAAA